AUGAUAACUUACCUAUUCGACUGUGAAAUGGAGCCCGAAUCAACCUGUAAAUCAAGUAUUCACUGGCAGGAAUCCGAACAACCAGCCGACAGUUUACUGCAAGGUCUUCAAUCAGUAUUGAGAAAGGUGUAUAUAGCCGAAGCAAUUCUGUUCAAACGACUAGAGUGCACUUCAACAGCAAAAGAAGCCGAACACCUGCAGUCAGGAUUGAUGAGAUUGAAUGAAGUUGAGAAGAGCAUACAACUGAGAAUUUUACACCAUAUCCGCCCGAUAUCGCCAUGCAACUCCGAGCAAGAAUAA